AAAACUGCAUGGCUGCAAGUCUCGUCCGCGAAGAAUUAUCGGUACUUUUUACGAACGGUGUAAUGAAUUGAAGUAAUGUUGGCAUUCCUGGAUUUGUCAGAGAGAUAGAAAAUUGCAGCAAGUUUACAUACACCACCGACAUUGGUAAACGAGUUGAGUUACAGUUCACCAGUAUAUUCAACCGGUCACGUUACGCCUAGCAAAUAUGUGUAUUGUGAACAACACAACGGACCUUAAGACAUUUCUGUAUGCGGUUCACAUACCGACGUUCAUCCUGGGCCUGAUUAUUAAUGUGGCUGCACUCUGGAUACUCUGCACCAGAUUAAAGAAGUUAAUCGAAUCUACAAUCUACAUGAUUAAUCUGAUUUUUUCUGACAUAUUUCUGCUUUUCUCUCUGCCUUUCAAAAUCCACGCUGACCAGAAGACUGGGGAGUGGUACCUGGGAGAAAUGUUCUGUCAGUUUGUGGAGUCGCUGUACUUCGUGAACACUUAUGGCACGAUUCUGUUAAUAACGCUGAUCUCACUGGAUCGCUACAUCGCUAUCAAACAUCCCUUUCUGGCUCAAACGCUCAGGUCGCCAAAGAAAGCCGUCAUCGCCUGCACUAUGAUGUGGGUUUGUAUCUGGUCUGCAAGCAUUCCAAAUUACACCCAAAAUGAAAAUAAUCAGACAAUGAAUAAGUGUUUUGCAAAAUUUGAUGCAUUUUGGGAAAGCGGUGCCAUUCCUCUGAGUAUGGAAGUUAUCUUUUUAAUUUCUGCAGUUACUGUGUCUUUCUGUAGUAUUCAGAUCAUCAGAACAUUACGAAGAGUACAUGAAGAGAGAGAUGAUAUGAACAUGAGGACAUCUAUGAAUAUUGUCACCACAAACCUGGUCACCUUCCUUUUCUGCUUUACACCUUAUCACAUAGCCAUGCUAUUGUACUUGUUAGCAAAGCAGUACUGUUGGAAGGAAUACUUGGAUCAUCUACGAGGCUUUCUCCAGAUCACACAGUGUUUGGCCAACGUUAACUGUUGCCUGGAUGGAAUGUACUACUGUCUGAUCAUCAAAGAAUUCUGGAAAUCAGGGAUCAAGAACACAGAGGAUACUAGGUCAACAUAUACAAGUUGACUUCUUGACUUCAUUUUCCUCUUCUUACCUCGGUUACCUGAAUUUAUAUGGUUGGAAUAUAAAAACAGUGAUGUGCUUCUGAGACUUUAUAAAGCUCUAGUUAGUCCCCAUUUAGAACACUGUGUCCAAUUUUGGGCCCCACACCCCAGGAAGGACAUACUGGCACUGGAGCGUGUCCAGCAGAGAUUCACACGGAUGAUCCCUGGAAUGGUAGGCCUAACAUACGAUGAACAGCUGAGGAUCCUGGGAUUGUGUUCAUUAGAGUUUAGAAGGUUGAGGGGAGAUCUAAUAGAAACUUACAAGAUAAUGCAUGGCUUAGAAAGAGUGGACACUGGGAAGUUGUUUCCAUUAGGCAGGGAGACUAGGUCCCAUGGGCACAGCCUUAGAAUUAGAGGGGGGCAAUUUAGAAUGGAAAUGAGGAGACAUUUCUUCAGCCAGAGAGUGGUGGGCCUAUGUAAUUCAUUGCCAUGGAGCGCAGUGCAGGCUGGGAUGUUAAAUGUCUUCAAGGCAGAGAUUGAUAAAUUCUUGAUCUUACAAGGAAUUAAGGGCUAUGGGGAGAGUGCGGGUAGGUGGAGUUGAAAUGUCCAUCAGCCAUGAUUAAAUGGCAGAGUGGACUCGAUGGGCUGAAUGGCCUUACUUGCACUCCUAUGUCUUAUGAUCUUAUGGUCUUAAUUUACAAUCACCAUUUGCCUUUUUGAUUACAGCCCUUGCAUGAAAAUUAAUGAAUAAUAAAUGAAACCUUUUGGAAUAAUUCAUUAAAAAUAUAUUGAUAUUUUAGUGCAGAU